CCGCUGUACUCUAUCAAUAUUGACCAAAAUGACCUGUGGAUGGGCCCACUUUGCUGACCAUUUAUAUACAUAUCAACGGCUGACAUACUCCGACGUGUCAUAGUAUAGUUUCUCACCAAAGAUUUCACCGCACCCCGCUCCUCCCGCACAUAUUGGUAAAGAAACGUGCGUCUCUUCGCCUCUGCAUAUUGAGACACAAAACAUCGAUCCAGAACCACAGGCGGCCGGAUCAACGAGACGCCCGUUGCCUCAUCACCGAAGAUGCCACCACCGCCAUCCAACGGUGGCGGAGACUCGACUCCCGACCCCCUUUAUGAGCCCCUCCUCCAACCAUCAGUUCAUCCUCCAUCGUUGAGUAAGCCCGAGAAGAUCUGCAUCGACGGGAUCCUCCAGAAAUACUGCGGGGAGUUCGGGUCGUGGCAGCUUCGGCACUUCGUGCUCACGAGCCUCGCUUGGGCCCUCGAGGCGUUCCACACCAUGGUGAUGAUAUUCGCGGACCGUGAACCCGAUUGGAGGUGCAGCGCUGGUUCCCCCAGAUGCGAAGCUUCUUCGGCUGCGUCCACAGGCAUAUGCAGUCUCCAGCCCGGAUCAUGGGAGUGGACGGAGGGGUCGUGGAGCUCGACAGCGGCGGAGUGGGGCCUCGUGUGCGGGGAGAAGUACAAGGUCGGGCUGGUUCAGGCCUUGUUCUUCGGUGGCUGUAUGAUCGGUGCUGGAGUGUUUGGCCAUCUAUCAGACUCAUUCCUAGGUAGAAAAGGCUCUCUAUCUGUAGUCUGCAUCUUGAACGCCAUCUUCGGUUGCCUAACAGCGCUGUCCCCGAACUACUGGAUCUACUGCCUCCUCCGGAUCCUCACCGGGUUCAGCACUGGUGGGGUUGGGCUCUGCGCCUUUGUGCUCGCCACCGAGCCCAUUGGGCCCAGUAAGCGCGGGGCUGCUGGCAUGUCCACAUUCUACUUCUUCUCCUGUGGGAUAGCGCUCCUCUCGGGCAUAGCCUAUGUUUUCCGGUCAUGGCGGGCUCUUUACGUUGCAUCCUCCAUUCCUUCUCUGCUAUUCCUUGUUUUCGUCCUCCCUUUCAUCUCUGAGUCGCCGCGGUGGUAUUUAGUCCGGGGGAAGAUCAAUGAGGCCAUGAAAAUUGUGCGAAUCAUCGCAAAGUCGAACAACAGACAGAUACCCGAUGGAGUGAUCUUGGCACUGGAUGAGGAAGUUAAUGAAGAUCACACGACCAAUGGUGGCGUGCCCCACAAGGGCGAAGAGAAGGAUGGCGUGGAUGACAAGGAAGCAGUUUCGGGGUCCCUGAUCGACGUGGUCCGAUCCCCGACCACACGGAUCCGCCUGAUCUUGACAGUAGCGAUUAACUUCCUCUGCUCGAUCGUGUACUACGGGAUAAGCCUGAACGUGGUGAACCUGGACACGAACCUCUACUUGAACGUCCUGCUCAAUGCAGUGGCGGAGAUGCCUGCCUUCACGAUCACCGCGCUUCUCCUUGACAGGUUUGGAAGGAAGCCUUUAGCAAUCGGAACCCAGUGGUUCAGCGGGCUGUUCUGCCUCAUAGGGGCAUUGGUCCCACUCCACGGGGUGUGGAAGGUCGUGAGGAUGGUAUGUGGGGUCCUCGGGAUAUUCGGUAUGGCGGGGACCUACAACCUGCUGUUCAUCUACACGGCUGAGCUCUUCCCGACCGUGGUGAGGAAUGCAGCGCUUGGUUGUGCAGCUCAGGCAGCCCAGAUGGGGGCGAUCCUGGCCCCGCUCGUGGUGGUGACCGGGGGGUGGUGGCCAUUCGCUGUGUUUGCCAUCUCUGCAAUCUGGGGAGGGCUCCUCGCGUUCUACCUCCCCGAAACUCUUAACCGCCCACUGUACGACACGAUGGCAGGGAUGGAAGGCGGUGAAGGUCGGUUGGUAACGGUUUGAGGAGGUAAAUUUUUGCUCAUCACGGUUGUUUGCUCGUUCAGCUCUAAUCAGUUUUGCUCUUCUUUUCUUUUUGUUUAAACAAAUUGUAAGUAGUACAGAUUGAGAUUGAUCAGGUUUUUUCGCAUCGUAUAGCCUGUUUCUAUAUCGAUAAUCGUCCCGUGAUUCAUGCCCAAAUUCAA